UUGAUACUGGGAAGGAAUAUCCAGAUCGAAUGGACAUCUGGGGAGAUACACCACUAAUAUUUGCUGCACAACAUAGCUCUAAAGAUACGGCGAAGCUUCUGCUUGAAACAGUCAAAGUAAAUCCGGAAUUGAGAGAUAGUUUUGGGAAGACACUGCUGUCAUAUGCUGCGGGCGGGGGGCACAAGUAGCAGAGCUUCUGCUUACAGUAGUACAGGCAAAGUGGAUACAGACUCGAGAAGUCGAAGUGGAUGUACACCACUGUUCUAUGCCGCGAAGGAGGGGCACACAGAAGUGGCACAGCUUCUAUUAGAAACAGAGAAGGUUGAUCCAGGCUUAGGAGAUAAUAUCGGAAGAGCAAC